AUGACUGCCCAUCUUGCACUCUCCAUCCUGACCGUCCUGGCCGUUGCUGUGCGCGCCGCCGCCGACGACGACUGCACCUCGACACUGCGCAUCACGCAGACCAUGUUCGCCACGCCGCCGUACUGGCCGCAGUGCGUGUUCGACCCGACGAUGCGCUGGUACCCGGCGACGGAGACGGCGACGACGGCCGUCGACUGCGGCGGGUGCGCCCAUCUCCGCGUCCGCACCGUGCCCGUCGUCUACUGCCCGUUUAUGCACGCGACGGCCGAGACGACCGAGACGACGCCGCGCGCCGUGCAUGAGACUGUCUGCUUGCCGACGCCGCUUGAGACCUCGACAGACUUUCUCCAAGGCUGCAUAUUGACUCAGAUCUCCAAGCCAACCCCAACAGCUACCGAGACCACCUGCCCUUCUCUCCCCUCCUACCCGCAUACAUACCGUUAUACUUGCACCUUCGACCCAACCAACAAGAUGCGUUUCACCACCCGCGCCCUCGCCCUCCUCACCGCCGCCGGCAGCACCGUCCUCGCCAAGCCCAUCGCCGACGACACCGCCAAGGGACCGCCGCAGUGCACCAUGAUGGUUCCCACCUUUGCGCCCUUUGACGUGAGCCCUACGCAGCGCGUCUGGACCACGACCGACACCGUCACCAGUGCCGUCGAGUGCGGCCACUGCACCGCCGCCCAGUUUCAGUACAUGGAUGGCCACGGGCCCGUCGUCUUCCGCACCACGACCGUCACCGAGGCGACGCCCACGACCGUCAUCACGCUGGUGUGCAGUAUCGAUUCGUGA